AUGAAGCUAGAAUUUAGUCAGGAAUUGCUAACUAAAACAUCAGAAUUGAGCUUGUUAGAAAAAGGACUCAAUCAGAAGGAUGAUAUUCAAAAAGAGUUGGAAAAAUUGAAAAAACUGUAUAAGGAGAAGGAACAAGAAAAUGAACAAAUAAGAAAGUUUUUUGAUUCUGAACUAACCAAAUCAAAGCAAUUAUUUAUUAGAGAAACCAUUAGAUCAAGAAAGGAGGAGAAUGGUCUCCAAGAGCAGUUUGAAAAGGAAGUUGAAGAGCGAGCGCUUCAACUAAUUGACGAAAAGAGUAGAUCAAUAUACCAGGAAAAUAUAGUGUUGAAAUUAAAAUUAGAAGAGACUGAACAACAAUUAUUGGAAUGUUCCUCAGAAAAGGAACAAUUCAAACAGGAAAACAAAACCCUCUCCCGAACAAUAGAAAUGAACAAGGAUUUGCUGAAAGAAUAUACAAAACAAUGUUUUUCGCUUUCUAAAGAAUUGAGAACAAUGAAUCACAAAUAUGAUAAUGAAAAAGUAAUGGUCGAUAUUGAAAAAAGAUUUAAGGAGGAAAAGAAAAUUUUGAAAGAAAAAUAUGAAAAUCAAGUCAAAGAUUUGGAGAAGGGAAAGGAAGAGUUGACAAAAAUUGUGCAAUUGAGAAAUAGAGAAUUGGCACAUUUACGAAAAAUUGGUAAACGUCUUCUUGAGCAACGAACAGAAUUGGAAAUGUUUUUUAACGAAGCCCUAGGUUCAGUAAAGGAGCAGAUUAAGAGUCAAUCCAAUGUUGUGACUUAUGCCAAAGAAGACUCUCAGGUAGUAUUACCCCCAAUUUCAAAAACUCCAACCAUUCCUAAUGAAACACCAAAUAAUACAUCCUUCACCUCUCUUUCAUGGCAGGAAAAAGAAAAGGUAUUACGAAUUUUAUUUGACAAGAUAAAUGGAAUUCCAAAUAAGACUUCAAAAACAACUGCCCCAACCAGUGAAGUCACUUCACCUCUAAGAGCCAGUAGAGAACAACCAAAGUUGAACAACUCUUUGGCCAGUAUGGUCAGUAGAUUUAAUACACCUUCCACUGCAAGAACGAAUGAUUAG